GAUGACGUUCAACCGUCACAUUACGUCUACGUACGCGUGUUAAAAAAAAUAAUCUUCAAUUUCAAUCCUCCGACAACGAAACAACAACGUAAAAAAUGAUGAAGAUAACUAUCACAUUAGCCGUGUUCUUGGUGGCCGUGGCGAACUCCGCACCGUACGUGCCGGUCGUGCCGGUCGUUCCCGUAUCCGUUCACCACCCGGCCGCCGUCGUCCACUCAUCGUCCGUAGUCCAAUCUCACCCCUCACCCGCCAUUACGCGUACGGUCGCAGUGCCAGCCGCCGUCGCUCACCCCGUGUACGUCCGUCCGGCCGUAUCCAUCCACCCGGUCGCCGUCCACCCAGCAGUCGCCGUCCACCCUGCUGUCGUCCACCCUGUCUUGCCCGUCCACAGCGUUGUGCACUACUAACAGCAGCCGUUCAAACUGUCCAUUCAAUAGACAAUUUGUUCGUCUAUACACGUCGCCCGCAAACGCAUCAACGCAGUGCUUUAUACACGUCCGGCGAAAAUGUAUUAUUUAUUCUCGAAAAAACAUGAUAUUGUAAUUUAUUGUUAAAAUCUUUUCGCAUUCGAUCGAUUCGAUAUUAUUACAAAUAUACUACUGUGACGAUAUUAA